AAUCCAGUCAUGAACCUGUUGCACCUUUACGAGUGGAUCGACAUCAAGGGUGUUUUUAUAUUUUCCUGUGUGUUUUUAUUGCUGAGUGAUUAUAUCAGAAAUAAAGCGCCUAAGAACUUUCCUCCUGGACCACGGUCUUUGCCGUUUAUAGGAGACCUUCAUCAUAUCGAAAAUGGUAGGAUUCAUCUUCAGUUCUCACAGUUUGCAGAAAAAUACGGCAAGAUUUUCAGCCUUAGAAUUCUCGGAUCAAGAAUUGUUGUGUUGGAUGGAUAUAAACUCGUGAAGGAGGUGUAUUUACAACAUGAUGACAACCUUGCUGGUCGACCCAUCUUACCUUUAUUUUAUGAUGUCGUUGGAGACAAAGGUUUAGUUGCUGCUUGUGGGUAUAAAUGGAAACAACAGAGGAGAUUUGCACUCUCAACCCUUCGGAAGUUCGGUUUGGGAAAGAAAAGCCUGGAGCCGUCCAUCAGUCUCGAAUGUUGCUUUCUGAAUGAGGCCGUUUCAAACGAACAAGGUAAGCACAGCAUGAUUAACAACUUCUGUUCCAGGCGACUGUUUGACCCUCGCUCACUGCUGAACAAUGCUGUCGCAAAUGUGAUCUGUGUGCUUGUGUUUGGUAAUCGAUUUGAGUACAGUGACAAUGGCUUUCAGUCUCUGUUGAAGAACAUCAAUGAAGCUGUGCAUCUGCAAGGAGGCGUCUGUGCUCAGCUGUAUAACAUGUUUCCAUGGCUCAUGCGGCGAGUGCCUGGACCGCAUAAGAACAUUUUUAUUCUGUGGCAAGGGGUUAUUGACUUUGUUCGAGAGAAGGUGAACGCACACAGAGUGGAUUAUGAUCCAUCAAAUCCUCGAGACUACAUUGACUGCUUCCUUGGAGAGAUGGAAAAACUUAAAGAUGACACAGCCGCUGGAUUCGAUGUGGAAAACUUGUGCUUCUGUACUCUGGAUCUGUUUGGAGCGGGAAACGAGACCACCUCCACCACUCUGUACUGGGGUCUUCUCUACAUGAUAAAAUAUUCAGAGAUACAGGCCAAAGUUCAGGAGGAGAUCGAUCGUGUUGUGGGAGGGUCACGGCAGCCGUCUUUAUCAGACAAAGACAACAUGCCCUACACCAAUGCUGUCAUUCAUGAGAUACAGAGAUUUGGAAAUGUUGUCCCAAUGAAUGUGGCCCGGGCUACUGUGGAAGAUAUUCAGAUAGGAAGAUACUCCGUUCCAAAGGGCACAAUAGUGACCGGCAAUUUGACAUCAGUGCUGUUUGAUGAGUCCGAGUGGGAGACGCCUCACUGUUUUAACCCGGGUCACUUCCUGGAUGCUGAGGGCAAAUUUAGGAAACGAGAUGCCUUUUUACCUUUUUCUCUAGGAAAGAGAGUGUGUCUUGGGGAGCAACUGGCACGGAUGGAGCUGUUUCUCCUCUUCUCUUCUCUGCUGCAGCGCUUCACUUUCUCUUCACCAGCGGGUGUGGAGCCCAGCUUGGACUUUAAACUGGGGGCCACUCACUGUCCCCAGCCAUAUGAAUUAUGUGCAGUGCCACGCUGAAACAAGCAAUGCAUAAAUCAUUUUAUACAUUUCAGUAAUUAUUAAAAAAAAAGUUUGUAAAGAACCCAAAAUGUGUGGGUCUGGGUGCAAACAUGAUGAUGCAUUUUAGCUUAUUAUUUGAUUGUUUGGAUGUAGACUGGCAAUUGGUUAGUUGGUUAUUUGGUGAUUUAAAUAAUACAAAAAUAUUUACAAAUAAAUCCACUUGAAAAAAAGGAUCAUGAAUAUAAGUCAUAAAGGGGAACAAAAUAAAUCUAUAAAAAGUCGUAAAAUGUUUUAAAUUCAGUUGUAUCAAUUUUAAGGUAAAAAGUGCUAUAAUACGUUAAUUAGCAUUUGAAAAGGUUUUAAAUUUGGGGUCGGAAAAACAGGAAUCAAAAUGUGGCCAACUGUGAAAAAAAAAAUCCAACUUUCGAAAAGUUCUACUAACAAAAAAGUAGCCUGAAUAAAGACUUUUUAGUAGAAGUCAGUUUCAUUUUUUGUGUGAAUCGAACAAGAAUACUCUACACAUGCCACUAGCAAAAGUUGUUUUGUUUACCUUACUUAGAUACUCAAGUAUUUGUUCACAACAUAUCCAAAUGUUCUCCCAGCGUUUCAAUUUGAGUCAUCUGAACAAACAAUUUUACAUUGAACAAUAUUGCACAAGCAUUGCAGCUUGAAAGCAUUUUAUGUUAAUUAUUAUUCAAAUAUAAUUAAAUUUAUGCUGCAGCUGUUGUCAUUGUCAGUUAGCGGUCAGGUUGAUCAUAGUUUUGCUGAUUUAACAUCGUGAGAAUCAUGUGCUGAGGUAUAUAUGUGCAUCUCAUUGCAACUUCUGGAUUUAAUACAUUCGUCUGUCAGCAUAAACGUUUGCCUUUAGUUUUAAGAGGUAUAAAGAGAUAUAGUAUACUACCCAUAUUAUGAAGUGCAUUUCUAAAUGUUAAAAAAUCUUUUUUAGAUCUUUUAAAACUCAAUAGACUGACUUUUAUUCAUUAGAUGAACUAAAGUUGUUAAGUUGUCGGUUGCUAGUUAAGUUAACUUAAGUUAAUACUAAGUCAGUGGGGAGUAGACCAUCAACUGUUUAGUUAAAAAUAUCUUCUUUCAUGUUCCACAGAAGAUAGAGACGUGUAUUCUUUCUCUAUAACCGUGUGCAAAAACUGCACUCUUUAAAACUGAAGACAAAACUAGCUUUUUUGAAGUCAAAAUGCUUUAUUCUCCAUACCUCUCUUGACUAAAUCGUGAUCCUCUAACAAUAGCACUCGCUACUCUAUUUCUGUUCUAUCUACUUUGUUUUUACUUAUUUAUAUUAAAAAACCCUAAAAACACUUGAUCCUUUAUCACUUGCACUCUUUACAAUACUUGCUUUAUUUUAUUUAAACAAAUGGAGCCUCUAACACUAGCAUUCUCUAUUCUUUUUCUAUUCAAUCUACUUGUUUUCUUUUUAUUUAUUUUUAAAAACCUUGCUAUGCAUACACAUAAAAGAGCAUUUCAGUCAGCCAAACCUUAAAAUAUUAACACCUAAAAACUUACAUUUUCAUGCACUUUACGAUGCAAUCCUCAAUAAUUAGAUCCCAUAGACUUUUUAUGGCUUAAUUGUACAUUCAUAAAUGGAAAGUAUUCAGGAAAAAAACAUGCUUAGUGUUUGAAAGUGAAGUGAAUUACUUUGAGUCAAUAUUGCCAUCGAAGAAACAAAAAGCUAUUUGAAUUUUACAAGUGUGUUCUCUUUAAAGUAUUUUUAUAAUGUUGUUUUUACACCCUAGCAGUUAUUUUGUAUUGCAAAUUUGUACUUGUUUUUUUUUCUUUUCUUUUCUGAUCAAUAAAAAAAAACAAUCAUUGGUUUGCUGGUGAACCAUUGAACCAUUGUCUGUGGGAUUUACAAUUUGUGGACAUUUUAAAUGAGACUUUUGAGUAAGUAAAAGGAUAAGUGGAGCCUCUUACUUUCAUUUUUUUAGACAAGCUCUCCAUAAAACAAACAAAACAAGCCACGCAAAUGAAUAAUA